UCCACAAGUAACGACCUUGCAAAGAUGGCAGCCUCCACAAAAGCAUGAAAAUAAUAAAAUUGAUGCAUUGAUAUGGACGGACAAGAAAUAAAGCGAUCAAAUUAUAUGCGGGGAACAGCAGCUUAUAGAUUGCGAAACAGAUUCGUAUUCGGAGUUGUUGCUUUUGGCCUGGGAUUAGGAGCUGUAUUGAAUUAUUUUGUUGAUGUAGAAAAAUCUAGGCUGUUCAUUCAGAUAAAGAAAAAUCAGGAAUGGAGAGAUGAAACAAUAAGAAGACAAAGAGAAAUUAGUCAGCUAAAAACUAUUGAGAAAGCUAGUAUUAAACCAGUGAAAUCUGUCUAAAAUUAUAUCUAUAUUGUGUAUAAAGGGAGAUUGAUCUGUAAACAAAUUUGUUACUUACAUUUGACUUUUAUACUCAUAGAGAUUGUAAUGGUUGAUUUUAUGAAUUCUUUUUGUUUGUUUAUAUUUUGGAGUAGAUGUGGGUGAUGAGAAAAAAACAUUGAAAAUUGGUGUAUCUUAUUUUUCUUGAUAUGUGACAUUUUGUUAUUGUGUUAUUUAAAAAAAUAAAAAUUAACACACCAUCAAUCUUUGAACAAUGACUUCCUCUGGUGAAAUUUCAAAAACCCAGAAAACAAAACUUUCUCUUCAGAGGAAGGUUAUAAAACCGUGCACAGAUCAUGUAGAUAUUAUAAAACAUGCCUCUUUGAAUGAAACCUGUGAAUUCAGAUCUGUAGAAAAGAUGCAAAAAUUCUUUAGCAGCAGUGAAUCUCAAAGUAAGGAAGAUGAAAUGAAAAAAGGGAAGUCAACCAGGAGAAAUUUAAUCAAUAAAAAUUCUGCCAAAGCCCCCAAAAAUGAAAAAUCUAAAAAGAAAGUUCAGAUCAAAACUGAAAUGUUAAAGGAUACUGAAAGCACAAAUGCAGUGCUUUUAAAUCAACCAUCUUGUUCAACGAUAAAUAAAGUUACAGAGGAUACAACAAAAAUUGAAAAUACUACUGAUAAAACUAAAAACCAAAAUGAUACUGAGGCUGAUCAGCACAAUGUAAUUGAGAUAGAUUGUGAAGAUGAUGACAAACCAGGAAGUAAAGGAAGAUGUUUGGCAUGUGGUAAAGACGACUUAGAUUCACAAGACAUGGCUACACAUCUACGGACUUGUCUUAAAUCAAGGUUUCAAAGAGGAAAAACUCAAGCAGAAUCAGAAGAGGUUGUUGGACAAGGAGUAAAAUCAGCUUAUCCAAAAGUAGAAAAAGUGGAAUGUUUCUUUUGUCAGAUAUGUCAAAAAGACUUGUCAAAAAUGAACUCUCAAAGACGCACACAACAUCUAAAUAGGUGUAUUGACAAGGAUGAAGAGGAACAGAAUAUAAAAGAUUUAGAGAAAAAAGCUUUAGAAAAUGCUAAAACUGCAGUUCUGGAUUGUCCCAUGUGUGGUAAACCUUGUAAAACUGAAAAUGCCAGGAAAGUACAUGUAAAGAAAUGUGGCCAGCAACUGAAAGUAACAACAGAUCAGAUGUUAAAACUAAUGAAGAAACAAGAAGAGGAACACCAGAUGUUAAUAGCAGCUGGUAUACUGCCCAAAUCUUCUCUGAGUAAGCUGAAAGGUAAAGAAAGAUCAAGUUCAGUUUCAACUAAAACUAAAAAAACUCCAAAAGAGCCUAAAAGCCAGUUUGAUGCAGACUUACAAAUGGCCAUGGCUAUAUCAAUAUCAGAGAGUAAAUCUGUUGACAAACCUGAAGCAAAGAAAGGCAAGAAAAAGAAAGGACCAGGUGAUCCACCCUUGUUAGUAGCUAUGACCAACGAGGAGAAGAAAAGAAGAUUGUCAAUGAGAGUUACUAAUAUGUUAGUUCCUCAGGAAGAAGAGGAGAAUGAUACUGGUCUGACACCAGAGUUUGCCAGGAGUGGUAUAGAAGAUAAAUAUGUGUCACAGACAUCACAGAUACCAAGCUUAUGGAACAGAUGUAGUUUACAAUCAGAAAAUAAAGAAAAUUGGAAAAAAGAAACCUAUUAUGUUGAUUGUUUAGUACCUCCUAUAGAGGUCACCAAUGUCAAAGCAGGAUCAAAGAUCAAAAGGAUGUCUGAAAUUCCAGGCAGGGAUACUUCAUUUAUAAGACCAAAGACUCCAAUAAAGACACCAGUCGCAAGGAUAUCAAGAAACAACACUAUAUCAGAAUCUGGGGAUACCCAAGAGGAAAUCUUAGUGGCAUCUACACAAACAGCUGUAAUUCUGGCAGAGCUAGCAGCUGAUUCUUCUCAGUUAUCUGUCCCUGAUUUUGAUUGUAGUGGGUUCUGUCCAGAACAGCCAAUCAAUAUACAGCCUUUACAGAAUACAGACUUGUUAGGAGGUUUACAGAAAUCUAUGUUGUCCUUAGUAAACAAAUCUAGCCAUGCUGAUGUACAGAUCCAUACAAUAGGUGGUGAUAUAGUAUUUUGUCAUAAAGUCAUACUAAGCUGUAGAUGUCACAGCAUUCUACAGUAUGAAGAAGGUGGUCAUAUUUACAUGGAGGAUAUGGCAAGUGAUGCUAUGAUCAGUAUAAUGAAAUAUAUCUAUGGUGGACUUGUAUCAGUGACACAGAGCUGUUUGUCUGAUGUUGUUAAACUAGCUGAUAGAUUUAAGAUUACAGAAUUACAAGAAAUCCUGAAAGAGUUACAUUCCAGUCAACGGUCAACUGAGGCUAAUAGUCCAAUAAAAUCAGAGACUGCAUCACCAAAUAAAACAUCUGUGGAGAGUUUGCUUAAACAGCUGUGGAGUGAUUCUGAAGAGGAGGAAGAUGAUGGUCAAGGUCAAAGGAAGUCAGGAGAGGAUUCUGGGAUGGAACAAGAACUUUUCUGCUCCCAGAGUUCUUAUAGUGAAAAUCAGAAAUCCCCUGUAAUGUCAGGUCAAAUGUCAGAUGGAAUUAAAAAUUCUCAUUUGAAUCAGAAUUCUAGAUAUGAGAAUAAAACAAAUAUUGAAAAUCUGGAUACUGAAUCAGCACUAAAUUCACCUUUGAAAUAUGUGCAGGAAAAUUGUGAUUAUAGUCACAGUAAAUCAGGAACUAAAACUGUAAAAAAUACAUCGUUGAUAUUUGAGAAUGAUGAAUUAGAAGUUUAUAGUAAUGUCAGUUCUUCAUUUGAGAAAUCACCAGAGAAAAAUCAUCCAAUAAAAAAUUUGGAAUUGGAAAGCGGAAAUUCUAAAAAUAUCAGGCUCGAAAAAAGAUCAAUUAGUCCUCCAGUAAUUGCAGACAUUGAUCAUGCAUAUUCACCAGAAAUCCCUAUUAUUCAGAGUUCUCAGAUUAUCACAGAAAAGUCAGAUCAGGAGAAAUCUCUUUCUGCAGUCCCUGAUAAUUGUCUUGUGACUAAACAUAUACAAAAGAAUGAUAAGGAUUGUGCGAACUCUGAAGAUUUACUAGAUGAUUUACCUCUAUUAAAAAGUCCACGAAAAUCAAGACUUUUAAGACAAACAAGAGAAAAUACUUUUAAAAAUAUUGAUUUAAAUUUUCAAGGGAAAGAUAGCAGGCAAGAAUGGAAACAUCAGAGUCAGACAAUAGCUACAGAAGAAGAAAAUGAAAAUGAAAUUUUAAUGAAUAAAAAACCAAGAAAAAAUUGCAAGAAAAACGAUGAUGGUAAUAAUGGGAUGGAAACUUUAAAAAAAAAUAAUAAUGCUGUAACUGGAAAAGAAAUUGACCUAAAAUAUGGAAACAAAAUCCUUUUGCCUGAUAAAAGUACAAAUGUUAAUAAAACUAUGCAUGAUAGUUUUGAUAACAGUAAUGAUAGUUUAAUUGUUGUUGAUCCAGAGGAUAAUAACCAUAGUAACAAUGAUUUGAAAGUUGACCUGACCAAUGAGGAUAUCAGGGAUGUCACUCAUGAUCAAAGAUACAAAGACAAUGACACGGGUUUAAAUUCUAGUUUAAAUAUGUCUGGUGGUGAUUUGUUUGCAAGUCCUUCUCCGACUAUCCAGAGAACAAAAACAUGCCAUAGUAGACUGACAUUAUCUCAGGAUGUGAUCGAUGUUCGGGGUGAGACUAGUUCUGCAAUUACAAAUUCCAAUUUGGAAACACUGAAGUCUCCUGCUUUUAGAAAAUGCAAAAGAAAAACAUCAGAAAUGGAAACACCAACAAAGAAAUCCCCAUUAACCAAAAAGAUAAGGACCAACAUGGAGGCUAAUGAUAUUUCAAUUAUUGGAGAUAAUUUUGAUCAAUUAUCUUCUCAGGAAUCAGAAUCGCCAAAGUUUAAAGCAAGAGAGAAGAAAUGGAAAUUCAGUUCUAGGUCUAAUUUUAUGAAAAGUCAAGAUAUAACUUUUUCUGGUCCAGUCAAACUUAAUGAAAUCUCGGAACAUUAUGAGGAAUUAUCAGAUAACCACGACUUGAAUAGCAGUUCUUCAAAACAACAUUCCAAAACAGUAGAAGUAACUAAUGCUACCGAUAAUUUGAAUGAUAGUGGAUUUGAAAUGAAUUUAACCCAAUCUAAUUUCCAAGGGGAUAUAGAUGAAAAGCAUAAAUCCUCUGAUGAGAAUGAAGAUGAAGUUAGUCUCAUCACAGGUGGAGAAUCAGACAUUGAGAGGAAAGAUACUAAUGUAACCUUGGAAUAUGAUAUGAAUGUUGCCAUAGAAACAGAUGAUGUGUCAUGUGACGAUGUUUGGGAAGAUUUUGAUGACUGUGGUGGGGAUGAUUUUGAUGGUAUCAUAGCUUGUAAAACUCCAUGUAGACCUGUCACUGAUCAGGAAAUUCUGACAAGUGAGGAUGCAAAAGGAAAUGAAAGUUCUGCAAAGUCUGACAGAAACAAACAUCAGGAAAACCAUGAUCAGAAUAAACAUUUUGAAGAGCCAGCUGAUCAGAUUGAAGAGUCAGAAAACCUGACUUUUUGUGAUGAAAGUUUUGCAAUUGAUGAAAAACCAUCCACAUCUACAGAUCAGUAUUCUUUCAAGACCCCAGUUAUGAGUAAAGAAAGACAGAAAACAAAACAAACAUGGAAGGAGCCUUCACCAUUUACUCCUAUGCCAAAUUAUGAUUCCAUGGCAACUCCACAAAUUAAGAGAAAAGUACAAAACUAUGGAGUAAAACCUGUUGGCAAGAAGAGAAUGAUCAAGUUACUGAAGGAUAUCUACAACAAAACUCAUCAAUAUGAAACAGACAGUGAAUUUGAAGAUGAGGUUGAUGAAAAAUGCAAUGAAAAUACAGAUGUUAGAAAGGAUGACACUGAUAAUAAUGUAGAUGAUAAUGAUGAUGACGAGGAGGAUGAAUUAGAGGACAGUUUGAAUGACAGCCAGGAAUCACAAAACAGUGAUUUAGUAGAGGAGAGUGUCAUGGUGUGUACAGAAGAAGAAACUCAGCCUCUUAAGCCUGGGGAGAAGAGUUUGAAUGAAAAACUGAUGGAAUUUAUCAGAAAACAACCAGACAUACAAGUCAGAAUUCUUAUGUAUGAGCCCUUAGAGUUGGAUAUAUUGAAACAGAAGAUUACUGAGGCAGAGAUAAAGUGUUCUAUGGAAAAACUGAAAGAGUUCUUAGAUGAUAAGUGUAUUACCUUCACAAUGAAGAACAUGAGAAAAAGUCCAAGGAAGAAAAAGCGAAGUCCAAAGAAAAGAAAGGCCACUGAAAACAGUCCAACUAAAAGUAGUCCUGUCAAAGGUCAAGGAAGAGGGAGAAAGAAACUGAAUCCUUCCUAACACUCUGUUGUAAUCUUGGAUAGAUAAUUAUUUAUAUAAAUGUAUAGAUAUGGCAGUGUGAACAGUUACCUUACAUUUUUGUUAUUCACUUUCAUCACAUACUCAAUUGUAAAUAUAUGAUGUUAAUUUAUCAGAAUUUUUAACUACAAUGUAGAUGAAGUUAGAGAUUUUACAUAUAUUGACUUGAAAAGCACUGUUGUAUAUAAUGUACUGCAGUUAUUUAACAAUGUAAUAUUAAAUCCUAAUACCACUGGAAUUUAAGUAACCAAGAAUCAAUUAAUCAAUCAAAUCUUAGUGAAUUGUGUACUACUUUAGUUGUAAAGAUUACAUUUAAGAAUGAAUUUCCAAGUAAGUGGUUGUUAAUGAAUAAACAUUUUCUGGUAAAGACUUUAUGCUGUAUAUUUUUUGUUUCUACUCAUUAACAGCUAUCCAAAUCAACUUAUAUUUAUAUAUAUAUAUUUAUAUUGCUUUUUAAAAGUAUAAGGUAUUUGUACAUGUAUAUUUGAAUGCAGAAAAUGCAAUGAAAAAUAAACACCAAUUUAAACAAAAUUUAGUUACUUAAUAUUUUUUUCUUGCUAAUAAUAUGCAUUUUCAAUGGAAUAUGUUAAACUUAAAUAAAAGAUAUGCUACACCUUCCUUUGAAGAUUCCUCUUUCAAACCAUAUCAAAAUCAUUCAAUUGAAAAUUGUUUAUAGUUUAUAAAAAAAAACAAAUGUACAAUAUCUGUACACCUUUUAAAAUUGAAAUAUUUAAAGAAUGGUUCCAACUAGCUAAAAAAUUGGAUGCCUUUGGUUUCUUAUUCAGUGCUGAAUUAAUGGAAACAAUAUUAACUUAUACACAUGCAUUUAAAUUUAUCUUGGAUGUUUACAGUGAUUAACAUCAUGAAAGUUUACAAACAGGGAACAUAAAAACAAAUGUUAUUGUUGCUUAUGUUCCAAGAUAAAACACCAAAUCUACAGAGAUGUUAGACCCCAUAGUUGUCCUUAUCAUUGUAUCUCAUUAUGGACCUUUACAGAUACUAAAAAUACUCACAAUAAGCUAAGUCAACUUCCAUAUGAUUAUAUUAUAGUCAAAACUUAGAUAACUUUGUACUUAAACAACAUUUAACAAAGUUUUAUUAUUUUAUAGUUAUUCCACUUUAAACAGUAAGUAAAUCUUAUUCAGGACUUAAUCACUGGCUUAUUGGCAGACGACUUUACAUAGUGUAUAGAUAUGUUAAAGAUUCAUGUCAAGGACCAGACCUAUAUCAUUGAAUAUAAAAAUAAAAAGAUGAGGUAUCAUUGGCAAUGAGACAACUCUCCACAAGAGACCAAAUGACACAGAAAUUAACAACUAUAGGUCACCGUACGGCCUUCAUAAUUGAGUAAUACCCAUCCCGCAUAGUCAGCUAUAAAAGGCCCCGAAAUAACAAAUGUAAAACAAUUCAAACGAGAAAACUAACAGCCUGAUUUAUGUACAAAAUAAUGAACGAAAAAUCAAAUAUGAUAUACAACUACAAACGACAACCACUGAAUUACAGGCUCCUGACUUGGGACAGGCACAUACAGAAUGUAGCGGGGUUAAACUAGUUUGAAGGCGCGCCAACCCUCCCCUUAACCUGGGAAAGUGGUGUAACAGUACAACAUGUAUAAGAACAAACUAUAAAA